CAUACAUUUAUUCAGUAAUUUCUGCAUGUACAUUUCAGUGACAUUGGUUACAUACUUCACAUUUUGUCACCAUACUCACUAUCUCUACCCAUAUUGUUUCGCUACCAUUAACUUAGACUUUCUGCCCUGUAAAGCUCACAUCUGUGCUUUAGAGUUACUAUUGUCGGUUUAAUCUCAUAUAUAUAAUUCUUUAAAAGAGUGCAAUGCUCAGGGCAGACAUUCUUUAGUAAUUGAGCUAAUCUGUUGUUUAGCUUAAAGAUGACUCUGUGAUAGUUUGGUUCAAGGUUUAAAGAUUCUUUCCAGGCAGUAGAUUCGGGGGUUUCCCCAGUCUCAAUGGAUCCAGUAAGUCUGGUUCCCAUAUGAAUUUGAAGUUCUGUUGUACAUUUUCCUCCUUUUGAUCAGAAUCUGCAUCUUGGGUCCUUGAUCAAAAUGUGCAGUAAUGGUGGCUGAGCACUGCUCAUUUCUUCUGGUUUCAUGGCAGAGGAUAUAGUAGUUCAUGGAGGCAAUUAAACCUACAGUCCAGUUCCUUCUCUGAUUUCUGGAUCUCCUUCUGUUGCUCCAGGUGAAUAGAGACCAAUUGUAUCUUGGCUGGCCGCUGGCAAACUUCUAAGACCCCAGGCACUACACAUUGAACUAGGAAGUAGAACACAAACUCUAAAGACAACAUUAGGACCCGUUGGGGCCCAGCCCCUACUCAUGGUGCCCAGACGACCUGGCUAUGGCACCAUGGGCAAACCCAUUAAACUGCUGGCUAACUGUUUUCAAGUUGAAAUCCCAAAGAUUGAUGUCUACCUCUAUGAGGUGGAUAUUAAACCAGACAAGUGUCCUAGAAGAGUGAACAGGGAGGUGGUUGACUCAAUGGUUCAGCAUUUUAAAGUAACUAUAUUUGGGGACCGUAGACCAGUUUAUGAUGGAAAAAGAAGCCUUUACACAGCCAAUCCACUUCCUGUGGCAACUACUGGGGUAGAUUUAGAUGUUACAUUACCUGGGGAAGGUGGAAAAGAUCGACCUUUCAAGGUGUCAAUCAAAUUUGUUUCUCGAGUGAGCUGGCAUCUACUGCAUGAAGUGCUGACAGGACGGACCUUGCCUGAGCCACUGGAAUUAGACAAGCCAAUCAGCACUAACCCUGUCCACGCUGUUGAUGUGGUGCUACGACAUUUGCCCUCCAUGAAAUACACGCCUGUGGGACGUUCAUUUUUCUCAGCUCCAGAAGGAUAUGACCACCCUCUGGGAGGGGGCAGGGAAGUAUGGUUUGGAUUUCAUCAAUCUGUUCGGCCUGCCAUGUGGAAAAUGAUGCUUAAUAUUGAUGUUUCUGCCACUGCCUUCUACAAAGCACAACCUGUAAUUCAGUUCAUGUGUGAAGUUCUUGACAUUCAUAACAUUGAUGAGCAACCAAGACCUCUGACUGAUUCUCAUCGGGUAAAAUUCACCAAAGAGAUAAAAGGUCUGAAGGUUGAAGUGACUCAUUGUGGAACAAUGAGAAGGAAAUAUCGUGUUUGUAAUGUAACAAGAAGGCCUGCCAGUCAUCAAACCUUUCCUUUGCAGUUAGAAAAUGGCCAAACUGUGGAGAGAACGGUUGCACAGUAUUUCAGAGAAAAGUAUACUCUUCAGCUGAAGUACCCGCAUCUUCCCUGUCUGCAAGUGGGGCAGGAGCAGAAACAUACCUAUCUUCCAUUAGAAGUCUGUAAUAUUGUGGCAGGGCAACGAUGUAUCAAGAAGCUAACGGACAAUCAGACUUCCACUAUGAUCAAGGCAACAGCAAGAUCUGCGCCAGAUAGACAAGAGGAAAUUAGCCGAUUGGUAAGAAGUGCAAAUUAUGAAACAGAUCCAUUUGUUCAGGAGUUUCAAUUUAAAGUUCGGGACGAAAUGGCGCACGUAACCGGACGUGUACUUCCAGCACCUAUGCUACAGUAUGGAGGACGGAAUCGGACAGUAGCAACACCAAGCCAUGGAGUAUGGGACAUGCGAGGGAAACAAUUCCACACAGGAGUUGAAAUCAAAAUGUGGGCUAUAGCUUGUUUUGCUACACAGAGGCAGUGCAGAGAAGAAAUACUGAAGGGUUUCACGGAUCAGCUGCGGAAGAUCUCUAAGGAUGCAGGGAUGCCCAUCCAGGGCCAGCCUUGCUUCUGCAAAUAUGCACAGGGGGCAGACAGUGUAGAGCCCAUGUUCCGGCAUCUCAAGAACACCUACUCUGGGCUGCAGCUCAUUAUCGUCAUCCUGCCAGGGAAGACACCAGUGUAUGCGGAGGUGAAACGUGUAGGAGACACACUUUUGGGUAUGGCUACACAAUGUGUUCAAGUCAAGAAUGUAAUAAAAACAUCUCCUCAAACUCUCUCAAACCUGUGCCUAAAAAUAAAUGUUAAACUCGGAGGGAUCAAUAAUAUUCUUGUACCUCAUCAAAGACCUUCUGUGUUCCAGCAACCAGUGAUCUUUUUGGGAGCAGAUGUCACUCAUCCACCUGCUGGUGAUGGGAAGAAGCCUUCUAUUGCUGCUGUUGUAGGUAGUAUGGAUGCCCACCCAAGCAGAUACUGUGCCACAGUAAGAGUUCAGAGACCCCGACAAGAGAUCAUCCAGGACUUGGCCUCCAUGGUCCGGGAACUGCUUAUUCAGUUUUAUAAGUCGACUCGGUUCAAACCUACUCGUAUCAUCUUUUAUCGGGAUGGUGUUUCAGAGGGACAGUUUAGGCAGGUAUUAUAUUAUGAACUACUAGCAAUUCGAGAAGCCUGCAUCAGUUUGGAGAAAGACUACCAACCCGGAAUAACUUACAUUGUAGUUCAGAAGAGACAUCACACUCGGUUAUUUUGUGCUGAUAGGACAGAAAGGGUCGGAAGAAGUGGCAAUAUUCCAGCUGGAACAACAGUUGAUACAGACAUUACACACCCAUAUGAGUUUGAUUUUUACCUCUGUAGCCAUGCUGGAAUACAGGGUACCAGCCGUCCUUCACUCUAUCAUGUUUUAUGGGAUGAUAACUGCUUUACUGCAGAUGAACUUCAGCUGCUAACUUACCAGCUCUGCCACACUUAUGUGCGCUGUACACGAUCUGUUUCUAUACCUGCACCAGCGUAUUAUGCUCACCUGGUGGCAUUCAGAGCCAGAUACCAUCUUGUGGACAAAGAACAUGACAGUGCUGAAGGAAGUCACGUUUCAGGACAGAGCAACGGGCGAGAUCCACAAGCUCUUGCCAAGGCUGUACAGAUUCACCAAGAUACCUUACGCACAAUGUACUUUGCUUAAAAAGUCCAAGUAUACUCUGUGAGAGGAAGAACUGAAAGAGGAAUGGACAUGCACAAUGUGUGUUUCCAGUGGAGUCAGUUGAGUGAGGAUGCCUCCAGCCAUACAGAAACCAACACUGUGGGGGGACCAGGGUCUGAUCCUUAUGUUGAUACAAGGUAGAUUGUUUACUUCAUCAAGGAACACAGCUCCAUUAUGCAAUAUGAAACCAGCCAACUGCUUUUUUGUGCGGUCUCCUGUAGGAAGUAUCGCGAUUGUUUUGUUUUUCACUUCUGGUAGUCUAACCCUUUUAAUGCCUUUACCUCAAGUUGCUUGGCAGCACAACUAUCUUUGCAAAAAAAAGUAAAGAAAAAGUAAAUGAUGGUUUAAACACACACACACACACACACACCCCUACAUGAAUAAUCAAAGUGAUUGUUCACAAUAAUGUGUGCAAAAAAAUUAAUGUGCAUUUGUGUAUUCUUGUAAAGUGUCUGUGUAUAUAUUAAAUAUAUACAUGCAUACUUCAUAUGUAUAUAUAUCUGGAUCUAAAUGAUAAUAGAUAUAUAUGUGCCUGUGUAUAUAUUUUUAUAGUUCAUUCCAUUGGGGAACUUUCUUCCCCGUUUUUUCUCCCCUAUCACCACUUUAAUUUUUCUCUCUACCUCCCUUGCCUUCAUCACCUCCGUUUUUUUUCCUAAUGCUACCAGUGACAUUCAAAUGUUCAUCUGUCUCGUUCAUUUGGAUGUGAAGCAUGGCAAACUAGGUUUUUAUUUUGCACACCCUACUUCUUUAUUUUAGCCAGCUGCUGUCUUUUGUCUCAUACACAGUUCUGAGUCCUCAACUCUUGAUAUUGCUUUCCUAAGAAACAAUUAUUUUAUGUAUAUAUGUUUUUUGUGAGCAUGUGUAUGUGUGUCUUUCUCUUUCUGAACUUACAUUUGCCAUUUGUGCAAUGUGUACUUAAGCAGUAACAACCUAAACUUUUCUUUUUCUUUAGUGAGUCUGUUAAAGCUGCUGUAAACCCUUGUCAGAAGUGGUAACUCUUUCUCUCUGAUAAGUGACAUGUAUUCUAAAGACUUCUGUUUCUAUGGGUUAUACAUAGAAACCUCUUAAAGCUUUUAUAAAGAGUAAAUAU